AUGAAAAAUAGUCAAAAUCUGUUCUGUUUGGACAUGAGAAGCAUAAGUCCUCACAGUAGAAAGUACAUGUAUGCGAAGUCAGUAUCACCUAUCGGGAGAAAAAGAGAAACUGAUACGUCAUUAUUUGGGAGCCCAAUUUUUAAUAGCUCAAAAAAGAUUAUUGUCAACGGUGACGAUUUAAUUGAUCUAAAGUACUUAUUAGAAAAAAGUUUACUUGAUAUUUCAGCUUCGAAAGGCAUUGAUAGCGCGAGAAUGCUGUACUGCCAAAAGAAGGAGAAAGAAUUGAUUUCAGAUAUGAAAAAGAGAAAUAAACAUUUGCAUCGAAAAAUUCAAAAAUCCUCAGCUUUAGCUGUUUCUAGUAAGCCAUCUUCCUCAAAUACUUAUUUAAUAAACCCUCUGGGUUUUCCUAUCCUUCCUCGAAGAUUGAAAAUAGAUGCUUGGCUAUUAUAAAGAAUGCUAUAUUUUAUAUAAAUUAUUAUACUUCUCAAUUAGAGACAUAAUUAUUUUUCUUUCUCACUAUUCCCUAAUUUAUAUUAAAUAAAUUACUGUAUAUCUUAAAUGCAAUUUUUUAAUUGUAAUAAGUUAUCUUUGUUGAAAAGGAAUAAAUUUAUGAUUACCCCUAUUUGUAUAAUAAAUGUGGGAAAAGUAAGAGAAAGUCAAGCAUUUUCUUGAGACGCUUUUCAAAUCCAAAAAAUCCACAGCCAAUUCAAUUUGAAAAAUCCAUCAGCAUCAAUAAGAUUUGCUCACACCAAAAUAGGCCAUCUUUGAAAAAGGAGACCUCAAAAACUCCCAGCUGCAUAUAAAUUGAUCGUAACAUUUUCAUGAAAAUUUUGGCAAAUUUCUUGAUAGAGGCACUUAUGAUAAAAACUGUUAAAUUUGAUUAAAUAUCUUACAAGGAAAAAAUUCUAUCAAAUUUUCUUGAGGCGACACUAAAAACGAGCAUGCACCGAAAAAAAACAACUCCUGAUCCAUCACAAGAAAAAACACAAAUAAAUGUAAAGUUUAGCAGCUCAAGAAGAUCAAUUUAUCUAUCUCGCAAGAAGUCUCAUAGAAGUGACUCAAGCGAAUCAUCAACUGAUUUUGAUGCAGAUAAAAGUUUGACACCCAGAAAUAUAUCUAUAACUAAUUAA